AUAAAUAUAUUUUGAGUUUUGUGUCCGAUUUGUGAAUACCUGUACUUGGGUAUAAAUCAUACAUAGACCAGAUUUAACUUAUGUCUGCCAUUGUGUAAAGUCUGUAUAGGGGUUGAAAGGACUCCCUAAGCAUCUGUUGUUAUGAGGUAUACAUUGAGGCAGAGAACUGAAACAUUGUUAGGCUACCAUUGCAUAAAUACAUACAAUGUAGUUUAUACACUGAUAACUAAAGUAGUGGUAGUUUUAGAAAUAUAAACCUGGCUAUGUUUCAUAUCAGAUGCUUUUGUGCUUGCUAUGUUCUAUUGCAUUUCACAUCCUAGCCCAACAACCUGAUAUAGGUUGUAGAAAUUUUAGCACAGAUAUUUGCAGAAUGGAGUUUUAUAAACAGUGCAUCAUUCUGUCUCGCUUACACAGGAUGUAAGUCUGAUUUCCUGUUUGUUUUACCAACAGUCACAAUUGUGGGCACUACAGUAAAUAUGAAAAUAUAAUUAACUUAUUCGCAUGACUAAUUGGCAUACUUCAAAUGGCAAUUACACAUUUCAGUACCUAGGUAAAAGAGGGGAAAGUUUCUAAAUAUACAGUAGCACAUUAUUCCACAUUUUAUUUUAGAAGAGUGGUUAGAGACGGGAACAACGGAGCAGUCUGUCUCCUGUGUUUGGUUAGUACAGACAUCCAUCCAUCCAUAUAGGCUUCUAAUAUCAUUUAUGUCCAGGAAAUGGGCAAUAAAAAAAAGGUAUAAGGUGAAAUACUGUAUUCAACAGAAAUCUCCUUCAACAUCUAGGCAUUGCCAUUUAGAUGUACAUUUCAUGCAGUAGUUAGCUUUUUCCAGUAACCGAUUCCGUGUCUAAUCUAGCUCUGGUUUUCUUAUAAUUUUCCGGCUAAAGAUGGGGGGACAGACACGAGUGCGCGCAUCGUGCCCUGUCUGGUUUGGAGGGGAGACGAGAAAAUUGUGGCGCGGCUACCCAACCCUGACAGCCGCCUGCCUCUCAGUGCCUGGGAUGAGCACGAGACACUUGCUGGGCCACGUAGCAAUGGAUCUACCCUAACACGGAGUCUACUGCAAACAUAUCAGUGUCAUACAUUCUAAAAAUGCAUUAGGAAAUACAUUUGCAAUCGAGCAUGCAAUAGGAUUAUCAAACAGUGGAACUCCAACAGUAGCUGGCUCUUUUUGUGCGUCUGCAGCACUCCAGAAUCCAUGUAACUCUGAUUGCACGAAAUGAGAAAGAGGGCGCUCUCACCGAGGGCGGCAGAUUGUAGAUGGCUCCUGAAACGAGGCACAGAAGUUCUGACUGCAGCUCCAAGUCCGGCGUGAAGCUCACCCUCAAGACAGAAGCUUAAAGACUGAAGCCCUGAUGGACAAUAUAGCGUUGACUGCCUCGCGGAAGAAACUAACCUGAGAGGCUUCAUCUGCGGAGAGACCGAAACCUCAUCGAGGUUGAAGGGCAGACACACUAACUUCCAGAGAAGCUUUGAGAGUCAAGCUCAACAGAAGCCUAUGGAACAAAGCUGUAGCAGAAUGUCACUUACUCCGGUCUGUCCUCAGUCUUUGUCCUGUGGUGAGCAUGGAGGCCCUGUUUGAAUCUGGGUGAAGCUUUCUUCCCUUCACCCCUUCCUCCUUCCUGUCUCCUCAGUGGCGGGAGGGGUGGGGGAUUGCUUCCGUUCCCCCUGCCCCUCCUUACAGCAUAGCGAGGGUACUCUCACAGUUUAAGAAUACAAACACUGCUAACAAACCUCUGGCUGUGCUUCAACUAGCACUACUACAGUCUUCCCCUCCCUGCUCCCUCUCCCGCACACAUGAAAUCCUGCCAGAGCCUGAAGGAAGAGGUGUCCAGCCCCGGCCCAGGUGGGAUGUCCCAGGAGGAGAACCGCAGAACGCAGCAGGUGGCCCAGUCCUACUACCAGUCCCCCGCCUCCGCUCCUGACCUGGACCUAGCGGGCAAGCUGUACAAGCGGGAGGGCGGGGGCAAGCCUUACUCUGUGCUAGUGGACAACAAGAUGGCAGCCAAGACCCCCAUGGGUGACCAGACCCCCGGUCAGCUUCCCCCGCAGCACGUCACCUCCCCCCAGCAGCAGUACUACAGAGAGGGGACAGUAGGGCAGGAGGGGGGCGUGCAGGGGGCCCAGGCAGGCAACGGGGGCACCUCCGAGGACUCGGAGGAGGAGGAGGAGGAAGAAGAGGAGGAGGAGUCCUUCAAGCGUGAGCAGAUCAUCGUGGAGGUCAACCUGAACAAUCAAACCCUUAAUGUAUCAAAGGGGGACAAGUCCGCCCCCCAAACCGACGCCUCAGAGAGACACUGCAGUGAGGAGGAGGAGGAUGAGGAGGAGGAGGAGGAAGAAGAUGAGGAAGAAGAGGAAGAGGAGGAGGAAGAAGAAAUAGAGAGCCGUAGAACGAGAGCCAAGAGGGCUCGGCGUGGGGUGGCCCCCGCUACCAGCCAGCCCCGGAGGAAGACCCAGUGCACCGCUCUGAGCACCACCACCACCGGCAUGACCACCAGGGGCCGACGGAAGAAGACCACCCAGCCGCCCAAGAGGACGCGCCGGACUGCCAGGGAGGGCAAGGGGACCCCCUCCUCAGCUGUCUCUGCCACAGGGGAUAAAGCGGAUGGGGAGGAGAGGGAGACGCUGGCGUGUGAGAAGUGCCCACGCGUCUUCAACACCCGCUGGUACCUAGAGAAACACAUGAACGUCACACACAGACGCAUGCAGAUCUGUGACAAGUGUGGCAAGAAGUUUGUCCUGGAGAGUGAGCUGGCCUUACACCAGCAGACCGACUGUGAAAAGAACAUCCAGUGCGUCUCCUGCAACAAGUCUUUCAAGAAGCUGUGGUCGCUGCACGAGCACAUCAAGAUUGUGCACGGCUACGCGGAGAAGAAGUUUGCCUGUGAGAUCUGUGAAAAGAAGUUCUACACAAUGGCUCAUGUCCGCAAGCACAUGGUUGCCCACACUAAGGACAUGCCAUUCACCUGUGAGACCUGUGGCAAGUCGUUCAAGCGCAGCAUGUCCCUGAAGGUGCACUCGCUGCAGCACUCUGGGGAGAAGCCCUUCCGCUGUGAGAACUGUGCUGAGAGGUUCCAAUAUAAGUACCAGCUACGCUCCCACAUGAGCAUCCACAUCGGACACAAGCAGUUCAUGUGCCAGUGGUGUGGCAAGGACUUCAACAUGAAGCAGUACUUUGACGAGCACAUGAAAACACACACAGGAGAGAAGCCGUUCAUCUGUGAGAUCUGUGGGAAGAGCUUCACCAGCCGACCCAACAUGAAGCGCCACCGCCGCACCCACACAGGAGAGAAGCCCUACCCCUGCGAUUUGUGCAGCCAGCGCUUCCGUUUCUCCAACAUGCUGAAGGCCCACAAGGAGAAGUGCUUCCGGGUCACCAGCCCUGUGACCCUGCAGGCCAGCGGCCUCCCCCUACCUCUCCACCUCUCUGCCAACGCCCCCUCCUCCUCUGGCCCCGGCCCGGGCCUCGCCCCCUCAGCUGCCACCACCUCCGCCCCUCUGGGCCUCAGCCCGGCAGGGGGGGCUCUUCCCCCACGCACCCCCGUGGGACACGCCACCUUCUCCCACCUGCACUUGUCCCCCUCUCACCAUCUCCCUCACCACCACACGUCGCAACAGCAGCAGCACCACUCCGGCACGCCCCUGCAAGCGCCCCCUCUCCCCCACCACCACCUGCAUGUGCCCCCUGUCUCCCCUCCCCCCGCCCUCUUCAAGAGCGAGCCCCUCAACCACUGUGGGCAGGAGGACAGCAGCUACCUGCGCUACAUGGCACCGCAGGACAAGGGCCCCGGGGCCCCCCAGCAUCACUGAACCCUUUGUGGGCCCUGGGCUCAAGGCCUGCCACACCACCAUACCCCCACCCCAACUCUCCCUGUACCUGGCCCCUGGUGUAGAGCGGCCCCUCAAAGACUGAUAUGAACAAGACACACCAGUGUGUGGGAGAGUGUGAGGGAUACAGACAGGUACCCUUUCAGUCUACACUUUAGAUAAGUGAGUGACCCACUUAGCUAGAGCCCCAAGUCAACUGACACAGAUUUUACAACCUCUUGCUAAUAUAUUUUCUUGAGAAAAUAUUCUUAGUAAAUCCUGAAUUCUUAGACAACCUGCCUCCCAUGGUAGAAGGCUGUGUGUGUACCGGUAUGUGAGUUAUCCCUCGUUUGUGUACAUUGUAUCCUCUCCACUGGCGGCUGCUGAUGUAAUUAUUCUACUAGUAGAUCAUUAUCCAGGUAGCGGAUCAGAACAGAUCCAUUUAAUCAACUUAGUCCUUCAUGUCGACUGACUUAAACAACGGUUGCACAGUUCGGGGGAGUUGUAAGUCCUGAUCCUAAGGCUGACCUGUUGGACCAUGAGGUCACCAAGGUCUUGUUGAAUGGUUACCAUCCUGGUUCCAACUAGGCCUCCCACUGUCUCCUGAGGCAUUCCAUACUGGUUUUACCAGCAGUAGGUCAGGAAUCACUGCCAUAGGUCACAGUGGGGAGGUUAGAAAACACCUGUUAGUGCUACUACUAGUCUGCUGCAACAGCGAUUCUAAUUCUGGUUAAUUGGUGCUUUCCAUUGCAGUACUACACACAGUUAUAUACACAUAGGCAGUGUAAUUUAACAGUGUGGGAUUGGUUGCGUUGUUGUGAUGCAGUUCUGUGUUAUGUCUUCUUAACUGACUUACAGCCUUAUCUUAGAGCUGAUAAGGUCAGACGUUCCCAACAGAACAACCCUGAUGAACCUGAACGUGCCAUCCUGUAUACACACAGACACACACUUCAAAAAGCAGUAUGUCAUCACUGGUCUCUUUUUCCUGUCACUUCACACAAAAUGCUUGUCAAGGGAUUCUGCUGUUUUUUUGGCUUCUGUCAUCAAAACAGUGAAAUAAUGCCACUGUGACGGGUCAUCACAUACGACCCAACCUGCACCUCGCGUCUCUCUUCUCUCUCUCUCUCUCUUUCUCUAUCUAUCUCUUAUCUAGCUCUCUUUAUUUCUCGAUCUAUUGCUCGCUCCUCUCUCUCUCCUGCUGCUGCUGAGAUAAUACGGGUCACCCUGUAAAAGGUCAUUAAAACACAAGAUUCAGAAGUUCAGACUUUUUCAGCACAACUCUUAACUGAAAAAUAUGUAUUUUCCCAACCAGCCUAUCUAUAUUCCACAGCUCGGUGUGGAGCAGGACAAUUUUUUUGUAAUGUAACGGUUUGUUCUCUUAGUUUUACUUAUACUGUAUAAGGUUACACAAACGUUGAAGCCCUAUCACACACUUUGGCAAAUAAUGACGAAUCAAAACAUGUUGAAUGUUGUCUAGAUGGAGUGAUAUGGGCUAACGGUUUAGCAAUCAAAUAUGUUAUUUUCUAGUAAUAUUUUCUGGAAAUAUGCUACAUUCAGUUUCAGACUGAAGAAUUGUUCUCAUCUCGCUCUAAACGUACUGUUGAGUGAUAGUCAUAGGAAAGGUUGGAGGAUAUUUCUAACAUGCAUUUACAUUUCUUGUAUAGAUACAUUUACUCAAAGAAAUCACAUUUGUAAAUGUAACCUUUUUUGUGUGUGUGAAUAUUCCGCUGUCCCAAUGUAUGGUAUUCUGACAGUCAGGAUGUUAGUAUUGAUGAAUGACAGAGAGAGAUUCUGGCGUGUCGGAGGGUUGGGAGUGGGUUGUAGGAUGUUGUCCGCCCCCAUUCACCCUGUCUGGUACUGUUAUCAGAUAAGACUGAGUGUUGAGGAGCAACAUUAAGGUGUGUGUUUGUCUCAGUAAUGGCAAAAAUGGAACCCCUCUGGUGCUGUUGUAACAAAAGCUGCUUUUACAUAGUCUGGCCCCGGCCAUAUUCUCUUUCUGUCUUUCAAACUCUCUGGGUCUCUCCCUCUAUGCACACCCUGCUAAAGCCAUUCCAUCUGUUGAACGGGGUUCUGGGGGGGAUUUGUAGACACAAGAAUAUGUCUGACAUGUUUCUGUGGAUUAACACAUAAUAGGUAUAGCAUAGUAGUGGAUCAGGCUGAGAUGACUACUUUGUAUAUGAGGAACAAUAGCAGACCAUUAGCAAGACCCUGUACCACCUUGAGUUGAUGGUAUUUGGCCCAUAGAAUUUGGUUUAACAGUGGACAGAGAUACCCACCCUCUAGAGAGCUACAACCGUUCUGCCAUUACUGUGGGUCUAUUAGUUGGGCCUCUGUAUCAGCUUAACCAUGAGUUACCUACUGUUUUUCAGGAUGUUUCAGUACGAGGCUUUUUUUACAUUAGUUUUGAAAAGCCUUUUCAUUUGUGUGUAUCCUCUGCACUUUACUGCUGCGUGAGUGAGGCGCAGUGAAGGGAGGGACUGACAAUGCAUUGUGGGAGUGAGUGAUGUGUCGGGUGCAUGGAGAAGGGAGGGAGGUGGUGAUUGGUUUGGUGAGUGGCUGUUUGGGCAAGGAAAAGGAGGAGAAUCAAUCUGGAGGUAGAUAGUGUGGAAGGGACCAGGGCAUAAGGACAUUUCUUUUUUUGUUUAGUUCAUAUAUUUGUUUAGUUUAUUUUUUCCUGUAAGGAAAUAUACUUUGGCUCUAAUAUGGACUCCCAAAGAGUGAUGGAGUAGUGUUGUUCCUCCUGCUUUGGCGAUUUUACACUAGCCCCUCCCUGCUUCAUCUGAUCUGAAAUACAUUCAUGUUAUUGAGCUGAGGUGUUUGUCUGCCUCAUAUCCAGUUUCCUCUUUGUUGUGUAACAUUUUCUCUUCCGAUUUACUGUAUGAUUCUCCUCCUUUCAUCUUUGUUAUAUAGAAUGCACUUUUGACUAAAAUCCUGGCUAGUUAAGAAAAAUAACAAUGUAUAUUCUUUAAAGAUGUUUAAAAAUAAUAAUCUAUAUACUUUUUCCCCUCAUGUAUUUUUAACCACUUAAAGUAGCAUUGCAUAUUUUAUUAUUGUGAGUAUCUGGUACAAAAUUGUGCAGCUUUAUACUGUCCUGGGUUGGGGGGUUUUUUGGUGUGGGGGGGUGUUUUGUAUGUUUGUUUUUGGAGAUUGAGGAGAAGUGUAAAUGUUGGGCCUUUUUUUGAUAAUGUACAUUUAACAGACUCUGCUAACUUUCAGAAGUAAAAAAUGAGUAGCCAUAAUUAUCACAUAUUUGUGUGCUGUCAUGUGUUCUCUGUCAGACCCUAUGUGGUAUUGGUAGCUUCAUGUGCAUUUGAAAAUGAUCUUUGCAGUAAUGGUAUCCUGUUCUCACAGCUAAUGGAAUAAAAUGGCUGUCUCAGCUA